AUGGAGCUCAAGCUCAACAUUUCAAACACAAUCGUUAACACACUAGAGACUAUAGUCUUCUUUCUCUUUGUUCUUCAUACAUUCCAGAUCGCAGAAGCCAAGAUUCACCAUCACACUUUCACGAUAAAGUCAAAAGCGUACACUCGACUUUGUGAUACCAAAAACAUAUUGACGGUGAACGGAGAAUAUCCCGGACCGGCGUUGAAAGCAUACCGUGGUGAUAAGCUCGUCGUCAAUGUCGUCAACAACGCAAAUUACAAUAUCACUCUCCAUUGGCACGGAGCAAGACAAAUCAUGAAUCCAUGGUCGGACGGACCCGAAUAUGUGACUCAAUGUCCGAUCCGACCGGGAGAGAGCUAUGUAUAUAGAAUUGAUCUUACGGUUGAAGAAGGAACGAUCUGGUGGCACGCACAUAGCCAGUGGGCACGUGCCACCAUCCAUGGAGCGUUUAUUGUCUAUCCCAAACGUGGCUCACCUUAUCCUUUUCCUAAGCCGCACCAUGAAAUCCCUCUCAUUUUAGGUGAAUGGUGGAAUAAGAAAAAUAUAAUGGAUAUACCAGGAAACGCUAGUAAAUCCGGAAGUGAACCGGCCAUCUCUGACGCAUAUACCAUAAACGGACAACCCGGUUAUCUAUACCCCUGCUCUAAACCGGAUACAUUCACAAUAACGGUGGUGCCUGGCCGAAGAUACCUUCUUCGGAUUAUCAGCGCCGUGAUGGACGAAGAACUCUUCUUUGCAAUAGCAAACCACACCUUAACCGUUGUCGGCAAAGACGGUCUCUACUUAAAACAUUUCAAAUCUAAUUACCUCAUGAUCACUCCGGGACAAUCCAUUGACGUCCUCCUCCAUGCUAACCAGCGGUCUAGUAAUUACUUUGUAGCGGCUCGAGCUUACUCCUCCCCCUUUGGUGCCGGUUUUGACAAAACCACCACCACAGCCAUCUUGCAAUACAACGGUGUUUCUUUAAACCGAAGAAACCAACUGGUUUUACCCUACCUGCCUCCUUACAAUCGUACCGAGGCAUCUACCCGGUUCACUAACCAAUUCAGAAGUCUUGGAUCCAGUAACCAUCCGGUUAAAGUACCGGUUAAAAUCGACACUCGUCUUCUCUACGCGAUCUCCGUGAACUUGAUGAACUGCUCCGACGAUAAACCUUGUAACGGCCCCUUCGGAAAGAGAUUCUCGUCGAGCGUUAAUAACAUCAGCUUCGUGAACCCGUCGAUCGACAUUCUCAGAGCUUAUUACCGCCGCACAAGAGGCGUUUUCCAGGAGGAUUUCCCGAGAAAUCCGCCGAAGGAAUUCAAUUACACCGGCGAGAAUCUUCCGUUUCCGACGAGGUUCGGGACAAAAGUGGUUGUUCUUGAUUACAAUUCGAGCGUUGAGCUGGUUUUACAGGGGACGAAUGUGUUGGCUUCAGAUAAUCACCCGAUUCAUCUCCAUGGGUAUAGCUUCUACGUCGUGGGUUCGGGUUUUGGGAAUUUCGAUCGCCGGAAAGAUCCGUUGAAGUAUAACCUAGUUGAUCCACCGGAAGAGACUACCGUCGGUGUUCCUCCUAACGGCUGGACCGCCGUCAGAUUCGUAGCUAAUAAUCCUGGGGUGUGGUUGUUACAUUGUCAUAUAGAGAGACAUGCCACAUGGGGAAUGAACGCAGUGUUCAUAGUGAAAGAUGGACCGACUAAAUCAUCUCGAAUGGUCAAGCCUCCUCGUGAUCUGCCUUCUUGCUAG